AUGGGCAAAGCUCUCUUGUACUUUCUCGUCGUCUCCUUACUCCUGGGUGUGGCUCUAUCGAUAGCUAACCCAAUCCCUCCAGUUACCGAAAACGAAGAAAGCGGCGUGGGGGCACCAGACGAAGCAGAAAAGGUGUUCUCCCUCCGGCGGCUGCUCCGCUACGGUAGCCGUCAGGCCACCUUGACCUGCGACCGGGUUCCCAAGGUCUGCCGGGUUAUCGGCAGCCCAGGCCGGAACUGCUGCCGAAAGCGUUGCGUGAACCUCAGGACGGACACCAUGAACUGCGGGCGCUGCGGGAAGAGGUGCAGGUACGAGGAAGCCUGCUGCCUGGGGACCUGCGUAAACAUCCUUUUCAACCGAAGUAACUGCGGCGCGUGCAACCGGCGGUGCGAGAAGGGUAACAACUGCCGAUACGGCAUGUGUAACUACGCUUAG